ACCACAAAAUCAAACUUUGUGGAACUUGACUGGCAAAAUGAAGUGUGUCAUUGAAAGAAGCGGUGUUAAAGUAUUUGGGAAGGCUAUUCAUGCCCUGGCACGCAUAGGAGAUGAAUUAUGGUUGGAUCCUAUGAUGAAAGGGUUGGCAAUGAGGUCAGUGAACUCAGCCCAUUCUGCCUACGCCUGCUUCCUCUUCUCCCCAUUGUUCUUCCAACACUACAGCCCAGACACAGGACCAGCCCGGGACUGUGGAACUGUCAAAUGCAAGUUGGUCAUGAAGUCAGUGCUACCGCUAUUUCGGUGCCUGGCUACCAUUGAGCGUAAUGUGGAAAGCUGUCAAAUAUCCAUCAAUCUCCCAGACAACCGGGUGAUAUUCCAGUUUCACUGCAGACAUGGUAUCACCAAAACACACAACCUGGGUUUCCAGGAGAGUGAAGCUCUGCAGGCAGUGUUUCCUUCUCACCUCUGCCCUAAUGUCCUGAAGGCCCAGCCCAGACUUCUAGGCGACAUGGUGAUGCACUUCCCAGUGUCUCAGGAAGAGAUCACUCUGUCCAUGUCUCCUCUGAGAGUCAAUCUGAAAAGCUACUAUGAAGAUGAAAGUGAUCAAAUGAAGGCCAUGCACACUGAGAUGUCUUUAGAGCCCAGUGAGUUUGACUACUUCCAGGUUGGAGUUGACUCAGACAUAACCUUCUGUCUGAAGGAGCUGAGGGGAUUGCUGUUAUUUGCUGAAUCACAUGGUCUACCAGUAUCUGCCCACUUUGGCGCUGCAGGAAAGCCGGUGGCCUUCAGUGUAGAGGACAUGGUGCUGGAAGCCAGUGCGGUGUUGGCUACUCUUGUCAACCCAGAGAGCAGGACCCCCUCCCAGACUACAGAGGCCCAGGCUCCUGCUGCACUAAGGUGUGGAGGGGUUGCGGGGCCUACAAAGGGCCCGUGUGAGGCAGAUGCCGGUCCCCCCCAGGCCCAGGGGUUUCCCUCUGCAGGCGAGCUGAUAGCAUCCAGCCAGGGAAGCCCAGUGUUCAGUGGAACAGCCCUCAUGAGAGAGUUCACCAGGACAGGAGAAGAUUUUGACAGGCUCAGAACACCACGUUACACACACAGAGGUCGUGGCACAACUCCUCCUUCCUCCAAGGUUCGCUCCCUCCUCUUUGGGGCGGUGUCCUGUGAGCAAGGUGAUGGUUGCACCUCUAUGCUGCCCAGUCUGGUGUGUUCCAGUGAUACAGAAGAUGGGGGAGAGGAGAGGGUCAGUGGUGCACUGUAAGUUACCACAGAACGAUGACCAAGCCAAGAACUGUUUUCAUACCCUGCCAGUUUUUUUCAGCAGACCAUAGUCUUUUCCCCAUUGUAUAGUGUAAAUGCAUUUAAAUGAGAACAUAAUAUUUUUCAAUUAAUUUGAGUGCUUUAAAUGAAAGUUCAUAAAGCAUGUCUGUUUGUUUUUACUAACAAAUAAGUUAUUCCAAUGGCAUGUGCAUUUAUUGCAAGAAACAUAUAUUGUAGAUCUGAAAGUCAGACAUCAAAAGCAUAAAAUUAAUUGGGGUAAACGUCUGUCCUCUCUUCCCUGUGACCCAGAAACCAAUAAGUUGUUGAGAAUUGUCAAUUCGUUAAUAGGUAAAUGGAAGACGGUCCUCCCCUCCUCGAUAGCCUUCAUUUGGCGAGGAAGCACAUGUUUAUGACCAGUCUAAUUUAUACAAGUGCAUUUUCAUCCACUUUCCCCCUACUCGAUUACCUUUGACCUUUUUCAAAAGGAGGCCAGGGAGGAAAUCUAAAAUUGUGAAAAGGUCCUAGAUUUGCUCAUGAAAACAUUCCUCAAGCCAAGCGCCUGGGGAUGCUACACCUGGGUGCUAAUAGUAACUCCACACAUCUCACAGACUCACUAAA